UUUAGAAGGGACUUUCUUGCAUAAACAUAGACAGAAAACAAUAAUCUAUAAAAGUAGUCAAGUACAGUAGUUUAUACUUUUGUAUAAAGAGUAAACUAGAUUAUUUUCUUGUGAGCACAAUGACAUUUCUGAUGCCAAAAAAAUAAUCUUCAGUCUGACAGCAUGGAUCAUGAAAUUGAAAGCCUACAGUCACUCGUACUCGUACCUGCUAAAAAGAAGGUACAAAAACAAGAUCAAUAUUUCAAUUGGCUAAAUCUACCUUAUGAAUUAUGGUUACAAAUAAUGGUAGAGUAUGGACUCUCUGCAAAAGAUUUGGCACACAUGGAAUUGACAUGCAGAUGGUUCAGUUGGAAAGGAAUCACAGAAGAAGCUGCUAGACUACUGCAUAGGGGAAUGAAACCCAGGGUUGGAGAAUUGACUAACAGAGUUCUCGGUGAGUCGUGGAAAGAGAAACUGUUCUAUUUGGAAACAAUGAUUAGCAUUCUGCCGACUUUGUCUGCUGGUUCAUUUCAAAACAUAGCCAUUCAAAAUGGGAAAUUGUACACCUGGGGUGCUGGGCGAUUUGGACAGUUGGGGAACAAUGUCCGUACAGACAAGGCCCAGCCUCAGGAUAUAACUUUAGCCAUCCCACCAGAGUCAGGGAGGGUGGUCCAAGUUUCUGCUGGCUGUGGGCACUCUGGCCUCGUCACAGAUUGUGGACAUGCUUACACCUUUGGAGACAAUCGCUACAACCAGUUGGGUCAGUGUGUAGGUCACUCUUCAGAUAGAAGUCGGACCUGUCCUUUCCCAACAAGAGUUGGAAAAGAGUUAAGCUCAAGAAGAAUUCGUCAGGUUGCGUGUGGUAGCAGCCACACUCUCUUCCUCACAGAUAUGGGUCAGGUGUAUGUGAAUGGUGAGGGUGACUGUGGACAGCUCGGCCUGGGAACAAGGCACGGGAUUGCUCAGGACCCAACUCUCUUACCGUUUCCUUACGAUGAGCACAGCAUUGUGUUUGUCACUACUGGAAUAGGUCAUAACAUUUUGCUAACUCACUGUGGGAAGGCAUUUACAUUUGGCUUAGCCUCUCAAGGACAGCUGGGUCACGGAGGAACAAAAAAUAUUUCCCAGCCUACACUAGUGUCAGUUCUCCUCAGAAAGAGGAUAGUGGUUGCGGCUGCUGGAGUGUCCCACUCGAUCUUUAUCGACUCCGACGGUGUUGCCUACACUUGUGGGACGGGGAAGGGGUUUCUAGGACAUGGUGAUGGCAGGAUCAAAACUGUGCCUACUAAAGUGGCUGCUCUUGACGCACAGGGUGUUAAAGUGGUGAAGGCUGCAGCUGGUGUUGGCAAGUCCAUCUUUAUCAGCUCCAAGGGUCAAGGAUAUUGGUGUGGAGAAUGGACAGGGGAGCUGGAAAGUAGCUCUGUGAGUAUACCAGUUCGUAUGGAUCUCCCUGAGCCCCUAGUCAGUGCCAGCAUUGGCAACUCUCACGUUGUCCUGACGAUGAAGUCCGGUCGUAUCAUGUGUAUGGGCAAGAACACUCGAUACCAGUCAGGAGAGGACGACGAGAACUCUGUUGUCAGAAGCUAUGCCUACAUUGAUGUGUGACUAAGCUUAAAUUUGAGCACUUACGCAACUUUGUUGUACAUUAUGUGAGACAGUUGUGUGUACAUAAAUUAUUAUUGUUUCAUAGAAAUCUCAGAUAUAAACACCCGACAAAACAUUAAUUGCAAACAGUCGUCGUAUUAAAGUGGUUAAAUGUUCUGCAAUAAAUACUGAGCUACAAUUAUAUUAAUGCUUAUCGUUUCUGGUCCUUGAAUAUCUGCCAGGAGGGUUCCCCGCUCUCCUGCUUCCCCACGGCGAUGCGAUACUUCAUCUCCUCCGUUCUGUGCUUCUUGGCUCUGGUAUCAGCACGCAGCUUGUGCACACUUGCUCUGUACUCAGCUAUCAUCUCAGGCAUCUUACGCAUGUUCUCCUCAAUUUUGUUUUGCCUAAAAAUUAAAAAAUAAUAAUAAUUAUAAAACUACAUGUACGUACAGAUUUACUUCAAUCAAAGCAUUAAUAGUGAUUUGUGUAUAAUAUAUGUACAUGUACAGAGAAAUUCAAUAAAGAGGGGUGUCAGUACGUACAUAUAAUGCCUGUUUAUUGCUCUAUACCUUUUCUCUCUAUCUCUUUCAUGCUUGAUGAGCUUGAAAGGCUUGUCUCCUCCUCUGUCAGCCAUGGGUUUGGGAGGCCAGUAGACUCCCUCAGCUACCAAGGACUUCCUCAUGUCUGCUAGUCUUCUAGCACUUAUUGCUGGCUUCCUCCAUCUGCUGUUGACAAAUGUAGGUUUGGCUAGCUGCUGGAGUUUCAGAACAAGCUCAGGUAUCUUUGGCUGGGCCAUGCUAGUCUUAAUAUGGAAA